UGUCAAUUAGAAACAACGAUGAAGUCCAGCGGCUAACAUAAGCUAGCAAAACAGCAACUUUAGGAAAUGUGGAGAAUAAACAGGAAACAUGGAUAAAAAGAAGAAACCCUUGGAUGUAGCUGCAUCAUCGUUAGUAGACCUGAAGGCUGAACUGUACAGGAAACAGGAACAGUUCAAACGGGAGAAACUUGGGCAAGAUUCUGCUGAUGCUAGCGUCAAAGCUAAAUCCACAACCAACAAGAAACCUAAUAUCUGGAGCAAACAAAAUGCUGGAGUUUCAGCAAGAGCUGCGAAAGAUGCAGAGCAGCUGGCCGAGGAGCAGGUCAGCCUCAAUACAUCCAGGCAGAAGUUGGAGGAAAAAGCCAGGCUCUAUGAGCAGAUGACAAAAGGAGACUUUCCAGACGAAGAGACGGAGGCCCUGUACCUUGUUGACUUCACCCAGAAGAUUAUUGACAAAAAGAGAGAAACACAACCACAGAACAAGAUGGAGAAAGAUGAUAAUGAAAGAGACCGUUUGUCACCCAUCCCUCCUCCUCAGAACCCAGAUGAGGAAUGGGUGGAUUUUGUAGACGCUUUAGGACGAUCUCGAAGAUGCAUGAAGAAAGACCUACCGAGUUUUCAAAAAAUGGACCAAGACCUUAAAGGAAAAGAAAUGGCCGCAUCUCAGAAGACCUUACUGUCUGAGGACAUGCGUCGAGAUCUGCAGAGGCAGGAGUGGGAGAGGGAGGAGGAGGAGGCGAUGAAGAGGCCCGUUGGACCAAUUCACUAUGAGGAUAUUCGAGCACAAGAGGCUAGAGACCUUGGUGUGGGCUACUUUGCUUUCUCUCAGGAUGAAGAGCAGCGCAGAAAGCAAAGAGAAACUCUGGACAUGCUCAGAGACCAGACUACAGAGCAGCGGACUAAAAGAGAACGACUCAAGGAGAAGAGGCAGUCCAUCCUUAAGGCCCGACUAGCCAAAGUGAGGCAGAGGAAGAUGAAGAAGGCAAAACUAGAUGGCGACGAGGAAGAGGAGAAAGAUGUAGAGGAGGAGAAUCAAGGAGAGGAUGAGGAGGGUGAAACAGUUGGACCCAUCCUCCAACCAGAUGUGCCACCAGAGRUCAGCAUUCUUAAGAGGGUGGAAGUGGAGAUUCAGGAGAGGAGGGACACCAAACCGGGAGUCCCUCACGUCAGAGAAUGGGACAGGGGGAAAGAGUAUAUGUUCAGCGAGUGGAAAACUCGUCGUCGGGAUGAGCGAGAGUCAGAAUUCGCCCCUCCAUCUGCGUACUUCGCUGACGAGAGAAAAUCAAAACCAGCAAAGACCAAGAAUCAGGAGCACAAACCCAACAUGUCCUUCAAGUUUGCCAAGUGUCCAGGAGGAAGCUCAGAGAGCGAACCUGAACCACAGCCUCGGCCUCCAUCUGUUCCCCCAACAUCCUCACAGUCCUCACAGCCCCCACCUGCGGAGACUUCCUCACAAUCAGCUCCUACUUUUAACCCCCAGUAUCCCCCUCCUCCUCCUCCUUUUUAUCCUCUGUUUCCUCCUCCGCCUCCUUUUCACUUUGCAGGUCCACCACACGUCCUUCCUCCAUUUCCCCCGCAGUACCCGUACCAGUAUCCGCAUGCGUUUCCACCCCCGCCUGUAGAUCAAAGCCAGGCUCAGCAGCCUCCUGAAGGCGCUCCUCAGAGCUUAGAUGAAAUACUUUCCUUCUACAGGAACUCUACCUGAUGGCUUCUUUGUGACUAAAUACUUCAUUAGAAACAACAAAAUUUGAACUGUAUGUAACAGAAGCGUUUAAUAAACCUCCCAAAUUUCCCCUCA